AUGCUCCGCCGCGGCGUCGCCCCCAACAAGUUCACCUUCCCGUUCCUCCUCAAGUCCUGCGCGGCGACGCCGGGGUCCCCGGACGCCGGCCUCCAGGCCCACGCCGCCGCCCUCAAGUUCGGGUUCGCCGCCGACCACUACGUCUCCAACACGCUCAUACACAUGUACUCCUGCUUCGGGGCCGGGUUCCUCGGGGACGCUCGGAACGUGUUCGACAGAACGCCCAAGGACAGCGCCGUCACCUGGAGCGCCAUGAUGGGGGGGUACGUGCGUGGCGGGCUGUCGAGUGAUGCCGUCGUGCUGUUCCGGGAGAUGCAGGCCAGUGGUGUGCGACCCAAUGAGGUGACGGUGAUUGGGGUCCUUUCGGCCGCCGCUGAUUUGGGCGCGCUCGAGCUCACGCGCUGGGUUGAGCGGUUUGUGGAGAUGGAGGGAAUUGGGAGGUCUGUGACGCUUUGCAAUGCGCUGAUCGACACGCUCGCCAAGUGCGGGGAUGUCGAUGGGGCAGUGGCUGUGUUCGAGGGGAUGGAGGAGCGGACUGUUGUGUCAUGGACGUCGGUGAUUGAUGCGCUUGCGAUGGAGGGUCGUGGGAAAGAGGCUGUGGCGGUGUUCGAAGAAAUGAAGGCUGUUGGAGUGCCACCUGAUGAUGUCGCAUUCAUUGGGGUGCUCACUGCAUGUAGCCAUGCUGGAAUGGUUGAUGAAGGCCGUGGCUACUUUCACUCAAUGAAGACAGAGCAUGGUAUUGAGCCUAAGAUUGAGCAUUAUGGUUGUAUGGUUGACAUGUUUGGUCGUGCUGGCAUGGUCGAGAAGGGGUUGGAGUUUGUCCGUGCGAUGCCCAUGAAACCAAACCUAAUAAUUUGGCGGACUCUGGUUGCUGCUUGUCGUGCUCAUGGUCGGCUCGAGCUUGGCGAAAGUAUCAGCAGGGACCUUCUCAACGAGUACCCAGCUGAUGAGGCCAACUACGUCAUGCUCUCCAACGUGUUCGCGUUGACGCAGAGAUGGAAGGAGAAGUCAGAGAUUAGGAGAGAGAUGAGUAAGAGAGGAAUUACGAAGGUGCCAGGCUGCAGCAUUGUUGAGCUUGAUGGUGAGGUCCAUGAGUUCAUAGCAGGAGAUGAGUCGCAUCCGCAGUACAAGGAGAUAUACAGGAUGGUUGAGGAGAUGUCAAGAGAGCUAAGGCGCAUUGGGCAUAUUGCAGCUACAUCAGAGGUCCUCCUUGACCUCGAUGAGGAGGACGAGGGUGCGCUUCAGUGGCACAGCGAGAAGCUGGCGAUUGCAUUUGUGCUCCUGAGGACUCCUCCUGGAACACAGGAGCCGUUUCCAUCGCUUCAAGGAUGGUUCCUGCUCGUGCAAGGAUUUCUGGUGAUUGCAAUUGUGUUUCACCAGGUUAUCCUGUUUCUGAUGGUGCAGUGA